UCCGCGGCUCGUCCGCGGUCAUUGGAUGGGGCGUUGCCAUGGAAACGCGGGUCACAUGCGUGGGUUUCCUGUACGGCCGUCGUCGUCAGAGGAAGGAGAAGGCGAGGGAUGGUGAUGAUGCCGCUCGGGCCCAGGAGGCGUUUUCUCGAGCAAAAAGCGCAUCUCUGACAGCCCUCUCAAGUCUUGCUGCUGCUGCUGCUGCGGUCGUCGUCGUCGUCGUCGUCGUCGUCGUCGCCGCCAUCGCCGCCGCCGCCGCCGCCGUUGUCCCUCGAGCCCUUCUCGACGCCCAACAGGAAUGAGUAUAGAAAUCCCCGCGGGCCUGACGGAGCUGUUGCAGAGCUUCACCGUGGAAGUGCUGAGGAACCAGCCGGGGGACCUUCUCGACUUCGCCCUGCAGUACUUCACCCGCCUCAAGGACCGCGAGAGCCGCCGCCGCAGCAGCAGCAGCAGCAGCAACCGCCGCCGGGCGCUCUUGGGCCGGGAUGGGGACGACGAUGGAGGGGGGGAGCCGCCGUCGCCGCCGAGGGCCGCCGGCUGCGGCAAGGCCGUCAACUUCCUCGACGAGGCCAUGCAGAUCGACUCGGAGAACGGAGAAGAACAAGAAGACGACGACGAAGACGAGGAAGAGUUUCAAGCGCCGAUCAUAAACCGAUUCAUCAGAAGAGCAUCGGUGUGCGCCGAAGCCUUCAACCCCGAUGAAGACGAUGAGGAGAAAGAGCCGAGGGUCGCCCACCCCAAAACGGACGAGCAGCGACAGAGGCUCCAGGAAGCGUGUCGGGACAUUCUUCUCUUCAAGAAUCUGGAGCCUGAAGAGAUGGCGCAAGUGUUGGACGCCAUGUUUGAGAAGUUCUGCGCCGAAGGCGAACACGUCAUUGACCAGGAUGAUGACGGGGACAACUUUUAUGUGAUUGAGAGGGGGACCUUCAGCGUUCUUGUCAAUGUGGAGGGCGCCGAGAAGCUGGUGGGUCGCUACGACAACCGCGGCAGUUUCGGGGAACUGGCGCUGAUGUACAACACGCCCAGGGCGGCCACCGUCGUGGCCGCCUUGCCCGGAGCCCUCUGGUGCCUCGACCGUCUGACGUUUCGGAGGAUCAUCGUAAAGAACAACGCCAGGAAGAGGAAGUUGUACGAGGCCUUCAUUGAAACGCUUCCGCUGCUCACAUCGCUGGAGCUUUCCGAGAGGAUGAAAGUGGUUGACGUGAUCUCCACUAAAGUGUUCUGUGACUCGCAGCGGAUUAUUGCGCAGGGUGAGUUGGCUGAUUGUUUCUACAUCGUGGAGUCUGGCCAAGUUCGGAUCACCAUGAAGAGGAGCAGGACGAAAAAGGAGCAGGAUGAAGAGGAAGUGGAAAUCGCCACGUGCUCCCGGGGCCAGUACUUCGGGGAGUUGGCGCUGGUCACCAACAAGCCCAGAGCCGCCUCCGCCUACGCCGUGGGCAGCGUCAAAUGCUUGGUGAUGGACGUGAAAGCCUUCGAACGUCUCCUGGGCCCGUGCAUGGACAUCAUGAAAAGGAACAUUGCCAACUACGAGGAGCAGCUCCUGACGCUGUUCGGAAGUCGCGCCGACAUCGAGCAACGGUGCGCCUGAGACCGCUCGGCGGAAGGCUUUUCGGCCGCCCCUCCCGUGUCCGCUUCCAGAAAAAAAAGGGCGAAAGAAACCAAAAGAGCUUUUCUUACAGGACGAUCACGACGAGACGUAGGUGUUUUGCAGUCGAGUCACGUACGCCAAAGCGGAGUCACUUGACGCUCCCUUUCCAUCCGCAUUUGACCUUUGUGGGUGUCCCAUUUUGGUUCCGGCGUUGGCUGAAGAGGCACUUUUUUUUUUUUUUUUUUUUGCCUCAGACAGAAUGUCAACAUGCUGGGCCCUCAACAUUUGUAUUUCUGUGUUAAAUGUGCGUGCCCAGUGGCCUACUAGUAUUCUUUCGCAAAAAAAAAGAAAAAAAAAAAGAAAAAAACUUCAGACAGAUAGCGCAGUAGUUGUUUUUUUAAGACUUGCCAACACAGUGUUGUCCAAUUUCAUCGGAAGGAAGUACAUGCAAUUGGUUCAGUUAUUCUCAUGUGUGGCCAUGUUUAAUUUUUUUUUUUUUGGGGGGGGGGGAAUCUAAGUCCUGCUGAUUUUUGGGGGGGUGUGUGGGCCAGACGAUGUUGAUGUCUACCUCGAACGACGACAACAAUGUUCGGGAGCGCCCAUCAAUUUGAAAGUGAAUAGAAGUGAACUUUUCUGGGUGUUGUCCGCUUCAAAUUAAAACAAAUCAAAUGUGACAAUAAUUUUUCUUUUCAUCCCUUGUGCAGGUACUUUUGUUUUCUUCACCGCAAACCCAGUUCACUAAGCCAUCAUGAUGACUGUAUGUUUCACUUUCCUUGUCAAUAAAAAAAAAAAAAACUCCUUUGCAUCACUGUGUUUCCUGUGUUGUCCCGGCACAUUCAUUCUUUUCAAAAUUUCAAUGGAAGGAUGAGAUUUUAUGGCCAAAAUGUCAUCCAGGGUCAAGCCUUCAAAAUAUGGCCAAAAAAAUUGGGCAAAAAUAAGUAAAGAAUACCCCCCAAAAAUAUUAACCAAAAAAAUGACCAUACAAAAGACAAACAAAUACUGACAAAAAUCUGAAAAUGUGUCAAUCAUACAAAAGAUAACUAAUAUGGGGACAGAAAACUGACACGAUCGGCAAAAAACAACUAACAAUUAACACUGAAAAAUAUUUGACUAACCAGACAAAAGCUUGGACAAA